AUGGCGAGGAAAUCUAGGGCUAGUUUAUUGCCUACAAAUGUUAUUUUGCUGCAAAACUUGGUAAAGCGUGAUCCUGAGUCAUACCGAGAGGAGUUCCUCCAACAGUACUCUCACUACCAGUCUCUUAGGGAUAUUUUCAUGCUUAACUCGAUUGAUAGUGAGUCUAAUGAUGCGACUAGUACAGCACAGUUUACAGAACUUAUUGGAUUCGUGAGUCAAGUCUGCUCGUGUUUUCCUGAAGAAACUGCCAACUUUCCCAACGAAUUGAAGCAGCUCAUCUUGGAUCAUCACAGGACGCUUCCGUUCGAAGUUCGUGAGAAAAUUGUUGCUAGUUUGACGAUGCUUAGAAAUAAGGGUGUUAUUGGAGCCGAGACACUGAUCCAAACUAUGUUUCCUCUUCUGAUUGCGUACUCCACACAGACCAACGCGAUGGGCGCCAAUUCUCAUGCAAAAGAGCUAAGGAAGGUCAUCUACAACACUGUUGUUGCGCUGCUGAAAAGCUGCAACACUGGCUCAAAGAAUCAAAAGUUGAAUAAAUCUACGCAGGCUAUCUGCUUCAACCUGUUAGAACAACCUGACUCGCAAGGUGUAUGGGCCACGAGACUAACAAGAGAGCUGUGGAGAAGAGGUAUCUGGGAUGACUCGAGAGCAGUGGAAAUCAUGACACAAGCGUCGCUACACGACGACGUGAAGAUUGCAUACUCUGGUGUGCUUUUUUUCUUGGGUGCUGAUCGUGAACGUGAAGAAAACUUCGAAGACGAUUCAGACGAUGAGGAUGGAUUCGACAUGAGUGCAUUGAGAAGAAAGAUGCAAGUCAACAAAAAGACUGGUAAGCGUGGUAAGAAGCUAGAAAACGCUGUAAAGGUGAUGAAGAAGAAGAACGCAAAUGCUAAGAACCCUCAAGGAUACUUAAACUUUAGUGCCAUUCAUCUGCUGCGAGACCCUCAAGGGUUCGCCGAAAAGCUAUUUAACAAGCACCUUUCCGGCAAGAGCAGCAACAAAUUUAACCUUGAGCAAAAGAUUGCUUUUAUGCAACUAUUAUCGAGGCUUAUUGGUACGCACAAACUUAUGGUUUUGGGCAUUUACAGUUAUUUCUUGAAAUAUCUGACCCCCAAGCAACAUGACGUUACGCGUAUAAUGGCUGCUGCUGCACAAGCGUCUCAUGAUUUGGUCCCUCCCGAGACCGUUCUUAUUAUGGUUCGCAAGAUCGCAGACGAGUUUGUUUCGGACGGUGUGUCAUCGGAAGUUGCAUCUGCUGGUUUAAACACCAUCCGUGAAAUCUGCUCGCGUCAACCGCUAGCAAUGGACGAAGCAUUGUUGCAAGAUUUGACUGAGUACAAGGGCUCAAAGGCCAAAGCAGUCAGUAUGGCCGCCAAGUCUUUGGUGACUUUGUACCGUGAGGUGGACCCAGAGAUGUUGAAACGCAAGGACCGGGGUAAGGUGGCAUCCAUGGAAUUGCAAGAAGCACGUCGUGACGGUAAAGAUAUCAAGAAACGUCAAUUCGGUGUUGAGCAAACAGUAGAAGGUAUUCAAGGUAUCGAGCUUCUUGCACAAUGGAAGAAGUCGAACGAAGCAGAGGGUGCAGAAAAUGACGAAGAAAACGACGACAACUGGGUUGUCGCCGAGAACAGUGAAGAUGAGGAUUCUGACGACGGCGAAUGGGUUACAAUGCAAAGCGACCAGGAGUACGACGUGGACAUGGGCGACAGUGACGACAGCGACAACAGCGACAACAGCGACGAUGAAAAGGAAGACAGCAAGAAAGAUGGAGUCGCGGAAAGCGCAGAAGGCGCAGCCGAGGACGCGGUCAAGACUGAGAAGAUUGAUGCCGAGACUGCGUUCCGUGAGCUGGCUGCUACGCGUGUGCUCACACCUGCCGAUUUCGCCAAGUUGCAAGAGCUGCGCAAUGAGCAAGGUGUUGCACGCCUCAUGGGUGCAAGGAACGAAGAAACAGUCGAUUCCGACGCACUUGUGGGUCCAGUAAAGCGCAAGAACACAAAGGAGGAAAGAUUACAGAGUGUGCUUGAGGGCCGUGAGGGCCGUGAAAAGCAUGGUAGUCGUAGAGGCAAGCGGGAAAACGCACAUUCCACCACUAACCGCGAAAAGCAGCGUAAAAAGAACUUUGUCAUGAUGGUCCACAAGAGGUCCGUGCAGGGCAAACAAAAGAUGUCGCUACGCGACCGCCAAAAGCUGCUGCGGGCUCACAUCACCAAACAGAAAAAGAGAGGUUUUUAA